CAUUUCUAUGACAACAGUGGGAGUCAGCCAUCGCCAUCUCGCAUUUCCGGCGUCACCCGGCCGACUGUUGCAGAUUCACAGUGUCCUCAAUUUAUUACGAGCCCUAUCAGAAUGUCUCUCAACCGAGUUCUUGUUCCUGUGAAGCGUGUGGUGGACUACGCUGUCAAGAUUCGCGUGGCAGGUGGAAAGGUUGACACCAAUGUCAAGCACUCUAUGAACCCGUUCGAUGAGAUUGCGAUCGAAGAGGCUGUUCGCUUGAAGGAGAAGAAGCUGGCAAAAGAAGUCAUUGCCUUGACAGUUGGUCCCAGCAAGUCGAAUGAGACGCUACGGACGGCUUUGGCGAUGGGUGCUGAUCGAGGUGUUCAUAUUGAGGUUCCGGAGGGGAGCGAGGUGUUACCUUUGCAGGUGGCCAAAUUGAUCAAGGCUGUAGCAGAGAAGGAGAAGCCAGAGCUUUUGUUGCUGGGCAAACAAGCCAUUGACGACGAUAGCAGUCAGACAGGGCAGAUGCUUGCAGGAUUAUUGGGAUGGCCUCAGGCCACGUUUGCUUCCAAAGUCGAAGUUGCUGGGGACAAGCUGACGGUAACACGAGAGGUAGACGGUGGUUUGGAGACAAUCGCCUCAAAGUUGCCAGCUGUGGUCACAACCGAUCUUCGAUUGAAUGAACCCCGCUAUGCCACCUUGCCAAACAUUAUGAAAGCCAAGAAAAAGAAGGUGGAAAAGCUGACACCGAAAGAUUUGGGAGUCGAUGUAACACCUACUAUUGAGACUGUGAAAGUAAUCGAGCCACCCAAGCGAGCGGGCGGAAUCAAGGUUGAGAGUGUAGAUGAGCUGCUUUCAAAGCUCAAGAACGAGGCGCGUGUGUUGUAAUCAUCCGCCAUUUGAGAAAUAGAUGCGAUUACAAUACCUGGGAACAUAUGUCAUUCAUGAAUCUUUGUUGAGGUCUUAAUAGAUGUUGAGGUUUCCAUUUCCCCAUA